UAUUGCUUAGGUCUUGUAUAGGAUAUGUUAAGUCUGUAGCUGGCAUUCGUUUGACUUCUAUUUGUACCUGGUUUAGGUUUGUAUCUGUUUUAGCUCGUAAUGAACAUCAUCAUUGGCAAAUGCAAUGGAAGAGGGCAAGGUUGAAGAUGUCUGGGAUAUUCUACAGCUGAAUGUUCGAGGCUGUUCGCACACAGAGGAGUCUCUGUGCCGCUUUAUGGAUUCCAUGCUGGCUUCCAUGUUCAGUGGCCGCUUUCCUCUGAGAGUGGAUGAAUCAGGAGCACGUUUAAUUGAUCGAGAUGGAAACCUGUUUAAAUAUUUUCUGGAUUAUCUUCAUGGAGAAAUUCGGAUUCCUGGAGAUGAACAAGUUUGAACUGCACUGCAGGAGGAAGCAGAUUAUUUUGGAAUCCCUGAUCCAUACAGUCUGUCUGAUCAUUUGGCCAGUGAAAUGGAGACAUACUCUUCAAGGUCCAAUAUAGACCUUAAAAAGGCUUUGUUGGAUUUCUGUGAUUCUUACCAUUUGGUUUGUAACAAGCCUACAGUUUGGGUCCUGCACUAUCUCAACAUUUCUGGAGCAAGCUGUGAGAGUAAAAUUAUUGGUGUUUAUGCCACAAGAGCUGAUGGGACUGAUGCAAUUAAAAAGGAGCUAGGAAUGAAAAUUCAUAAUAAAAGCAUUAUUUCUAGAGAGGCUGGAGAUAACAUCCAAUACAUCUGGAGCUAUUACUCAGCAGCUGAGCUGAAAAAGAUGAUGGAUACUUUUGAUGCCUGGGAAGGGAGAGGUAAUUAUUGCUCAGGAGUGCCUCAGGAGCUGACUGAAUGCUGGACUCUGAAAGAACGCCCUCUGAGAGGCAGUUUGCCUCACAUGCCUCCAAUUUAUAAAAGUGAAAGUCUUCUGAAAGAAGCUUCUGAAACCAGAUGUGCAAGAUGCACAGCAGUGCCCAGCGAGUCCCAGCCCUGUGCAAGGCAGCAGACACGGAGCCAAGUGCCAUUCCAAGCUGCAGGGAAUAAGCCUGAGAACAAAGGCACAGUGGAGCUGAGAAGGACUCUGCUGCUUCUUGUGACACCAUCUCAGCCACCUUCGCCUGCAUCCAGUGAAACAAGGGACAGUGCUGCUGUUGAAACUCCUACUACUUCUACAGUACGAAAUAAGAAAGAACCAGCUGUAUCAGCAGAAAGUAUUAUACUUAAGAAUGAUAAAGUGGAUGGAUAAUGUUUGAUAGACUGGACAUCUCUGCAUUAUAUGGUUGAAGAAGAGAUCAUUACCUCAUGUGAUCCUUUAUUUAAAGAUUAGGUAGAAAAUUGUGAUGAAAAAGGUAAUGAAAAGGAAGAAAUGGUUUUAAGUUAGCAUUGGAUUGUGUUUUCUGCUUUAUUUCUAGGUAUUUUUUAGAUGUUGGGAAGGGAGGAAGAAAAAUGGAUUAGAAAGAAUUGCUCAAGCACAUGCAGUUUAACAUUCCAGUCAACUUUAACCUGAAUUUACUUUAACCAGUCAACAGUGAACCUCAAUUUGUACCUUUAAAGGAGGGGGGAAUAAAUAAAAAUAAGUAGCUUUUAUUAGAUACAAGGUCGCCACAAGUGUACAACAUAUGCUUGCUGCAGAGACACUGGAAGUUGAAUGCACUUACUGGCACUUCUAGUGAGGGUAAAUGACCAUUUUUGCUCUUACUAGCAAUGCAAGGGAUGACCUGUGCCUGGCAGAGAGGGAAGUUUCAGAAAUACAAGGAGGGAAGAAUUGUGCUGUGUGAGUAACAAGGCUGCUCUCUCUGGAGAGACACACAGACACACACAGCACCGUGCUGUGAUCUGCCCCUGGGGCCAGGCUGGUGCAGCUGUGGCAUUUUGUGUCACACUGCUGGGGGUGGCUUUUCUGCGGCUGCAGGGCCUGAGUUACACCUUCCAUGUACUUCUGCAGGUCCUUUUGGAUCAGGAGGGCACAACCUCAACUUGUAUGCAGCAAAGCACAGAACUUGAGGUUGAAGUGCCAAGGUUUGAAGAAAGCCUCCUUCCCCCACCCCGUGGAGACUGGAGGAGACAUUCCUGAUGUUGAGUAAUGACACUGAAACAAAGAGCUGCUGUAUAUUUCUACCAGCAGAGGAAAGGCAAGUUUGGAUGGCUGAUUUUCAAGAGCCCUUUUAGUUGUUUAAAUCAGUGAACAAAACCUGGCUUUGUUUUGUACCCUUGCUUAGAGUCGGGUGCUGGGUUUUUUUGCGGUUUUUACGACUACUUUUGCUUCUCCAGCACAGUAAAUACAGCUGUCUCUGGACACUGAGAACAUUGCCAAAAAGCAAGUUCUUGAAAUUCCUGAGACUAUUAGAAUUACAGAAGGGUUCUUUAAAUGUUUUACUUGCUAGAUCAUUUAAACCAUCACAUUUUCAGGCUUUUCUCCCAACCAUAAGGACUUGAAACAUAAUUCGCACAAAUAAAAAACCCCAAAUUUUUAUGUAUUAACAUUUUUAACAAGACAUAUUGCCAUGAACAGUGAUCACUAUAAAGGUCUAGAGCACUAUAAUUUUCUGCUAUUGGUGUGUAUACGGAAGACCAGCUGACCUUUAGAGUAUUUAAGCUAUUUUUUUUCUUUAAAAAUAAAUCUGAAGAUCAACAAUCCCAAGACUCUUCCUAUCUCAAUAAAAAUUUUCACUGAAAAAGGACAAAGCAGAAAUUAUGGAAUAAUACUAACAUAAUGCACUCCAGUAUUCUUUGAACAUGAGACUAAGUUUGUGAAAUUUGUUUUUCAUAAUAUGACUGAAAAGCAAUUUUUAAUACUUAUCUUCUGCGUGAGUUCUACUUCACUGUUUAUUCAUCAGCUGAACACUUUACCAUGCAUCUUAAAAUCUUUUUACAAGGCUCUCUAAAGCUGAUUUCUUUCAGCUUUUGAAUUUAGAAAGCUUCUAUAAACACUGAAUCAGGGAGAACAAUUUAGGUGAGAAAAAACAUACAAGAAGAAGGUUUGAGAAUACUCCUACAGGACUUUAUGAGUUGUACUAUCUCAGUGUUUACUUCAUUAUUUUGGUAGCUCAUUUUUCAAGUAACAUUUGUGUCAUUUGCAUUACAGCAGCAUUCAUGAGUCUUCUCUUUGUCCUGGACAUACGAGCUUGUGGUUAAAAGAAUAAAAACCAACCCCCUUGAAUUUCAGUAGAUGAAAUAACAAAGUGGCUGUGGUGAACAAGGUAAAGAAAGGAGGACUUCAUUUUAUUUAUUUUCAAUUGGAUGGGGUGCAAACACAGCCUUUCAGCUUAUCUAAGCAGGCACUUCCAGCUUGAUUUUUACAUCAUAGAAUCUUGUUCAGUUUCUAUUAACUGCUAAGAGUGAUAUUGAACUGUUUUAUGAUAGAUGGGUAGCACUAACCUUCAUGGGGACUGGAACUAGAUGCACUGUCAAGUGGUGUGAGAAUGGUUUACUUUGAAUCUUUGUAAAAUUAUAAAUCAUUAUAGCAGAGAUCAUGCUAAAAACAAACAAACAAACAUUCAGCAAGUUAUUCCAAUUCCAGAAUCAUUGGGUUUUCUUUAAAGGAAAGAUUUUCAAGCACAUUAAGUACUGAGUUUAUCUUUUUUUUCCCCAAACAUGGUUAACUAAUAUAAGUUUUCCAAAGAGCUUGACUGCAUUAAGUUACCUCUGCUGUUUAGUUUUCCAGCUGUGUAUGUGGAUCUUUAUUUUGCUGGGUUCUGCCCUUACUCUCAAUUUAAUCUUACACAAAAGAUAGAUUCAACCUGCUUUAAAACACUGCCUCUUUAAGAUGUGUUUCUACUCCUGGCGGAGCACAAGUGCAGCGGGAAUUCCAUGUUUGUGUCUGAGUGAGGCCGAACAGCUCUAUUUACUUUGCUAAUUGAGGGGACUUUUAUAAAAGAGGACUGGCCUGGAAGGGAAGCCUUGCCCUGCCAUAAAUUCCCUCACUGCCCCUCUACAAGUCCCUUAAAAGGAGAAUUGCAGAUAGUUGUCUCUGUAAUGACAAGAUAAAAACAGAGUUCUGUUGAAGAUGGGCCCAAGAACAUUUGGCUACUUGUAACUACCAUGAAGAGUUAAACACUCCUAGAAAUCGGCAGAUAUAAUUCCAAGCAUAGAGACACUCAUGAAAGAUGAAGAUUCUGCCAGUUUCAGAGCACAGCCACAUAAUGUGGUUAAAAUGUGCAUUGGAAUAACCUUCCCAAACCAGCACAGAUACUAGACAAAACUUGGUGUGCUAGAACUGCAGCAUUCCCACAACCAGCCCUCUCCUCAGCCUAACCAAACCCAUGCAAAGCUCUUUAACAAAGAAUAUGUCUUAGCAUCACCAGAGAAAAGAGAAAUGCCAUUUCUCACCUGUUAUUCCUGGAUCUGUCACAUACUGAGCCUCCAAUACAUCAAAGCUUGGCUGGUACUGAAGAGCACAAGGGGGUCCUGUUGUGCUAAGUUACAAAU